AUGAGUAUCCACACAGAGGACAGCAUUAGCCUGUGUAAAAAGGCUCUCCAGAUUGUCACGGAGCUGUGCCUCGGGGGUCACGUAGACCGAGAGAAAUGCGCGGACAUCUUUCCCCUGGAGCGUUCUAUACCAGGUAAAAGCAGAACAGACAUCUCCGUGAGUCUCCUUGCUGUGGUUGUGGCUUUCUGUGGUCUGGCCCUGUUGGUAGUCUCUCUGUUUGUCUUUUGGAAGCUGUGCUGGCCCGUCUGGAGAAGCAAGGCGCUCUCGACGCACGGCGGCGAGGCCCCGCAGGACGCCUCGCCCCCCCCGGCCCCGGAGGCCCCCGCCCCCGAGGAGAAGAAGGUGCCGGUUGUGGAGGUCAAGGCUAACGGCCGUAGCACGGUCAAGCUCCUGGAGGCCGCCAUGAAGAUCAGCCAGACCUCGCCCGACAUCCCUGCAGAGGUGCAGACCGCCCUGAAGGAGAGGCUGGUCAAGCACGCGAGGGUCCAGAGGCAGACCACCGAGCCGACCUCCUCCUCCAGGCACAACUCGUUUCGGCGCCACCUGCCGCGGCAGAUGCACGUGUCGAGCAUGGACUGCCCGUCCUCGCUGCCCACCCGCCAGCCCUCCGCCAGCAUCGGCCGCAUCAAGCCCGAGCUCUACAAGCAGAAGUCGGUGGACUCGGAGGAGGAGGCCAAGGAGAAGGUGGAGACCUGCGGCAAGCUCAGCUUCUCGCUGCGCUACGACCACGAGGAGAGCUGCCUGGUGGUGGAGAUCCUGAAGGCCCUGGAGCUCCCGGCCAAAGACUUUACCGGCACCUCGGACCCCUACGUGAAGAUCUACUUGCUGCCGGAGAGGAAGAAGAAGUUCCAGACGCGCGUCCACCGCAAGACGCUCAACCCGCAGUUCUGCGAGACCUUCCAGUUCCCCGUGGAGUACGAGCAGCUCAGCAGCCGCAAGCUGCACUUCAGCGUCUACGACUUCGACCGCUUCACCAGCCACGACACGAUCGGGGAGGUGAUCGUGGACAACCUGUUCGAGUUGUCGGACCUUUCCCGGGAAGCCAUCGUGUGGAAGGACAUCCACUGCGCCACCACGGAGAGUGUGGACCUGGGGGAGAUCAUGUACUCGCUGUGCUACCUGCCCACGGCCGGGAGGAUGACCCUCACCGUCAUCAAGUGCCGCAACCUGAAAGUCAUGGACAUCACCGGCUCCUCAGACCCGUAUGUGAAGGUGUCUCUGUUAUGCGAUGGUCGGAGGCUGAAGAAACGGAAGACCACCACAAAGAAGAGCACACUCAAUCCUGUGUACAACGAGGCCAUCAUCUUCGACAUCCCGCCAGAGAACGUGGAGCAAGUCAGCCUGUCCAUCUUGGUGAUGGACUACGACCGGGUUGGACACAAUGAGGUGAUCGGUGUGUGCAGGACGGGCCCGGAGGUGGAAGGUCUGGGGCGGGACCACUGGAAUGAAAUGCUGGCCAACCCACGCAAGCCAGUGACCCACUGGCACGUCCUGGGAGAGUGGCCCGGAAGAGCGACCAGUUUCGACAGUCAGGGAUCCUGUCCAUCCCCCAAACCUCAGAUGACACCGUAGCACCUCCUGAAGAAGAAACAUCAAACAAGUAUCAUGUCACUGC